AUUACUAACGUAAAAACUUUAAGACAUAUUGCAGAGUUUUACUUUUACUAACACCUUUACUAGUGGACACAGAGACGUCUGGGUAAAAAUAAAGUUUUCUGGGCUGAAACAGACUGAAAUUUAACACGAAUUUCCAUGCAGUUUAUGGUACCUGCUCUCUAAUCUAGCAAUAAGUGUCGAAUUACUUGUUAACACAAAAUUUCCAAUGAUGAGUUUGCAUUUUCGUUCUGUGGUACUAAAGACAGGCUGUAAGUGCGUCGAAGAAGUGUGAUGUGUUUAUUGUGCAUCGCCUAAAAGUCCUACCGUAGUAGAUUUACCUGGGGAGUGUUUCAGCGUUGAAGUUAUCUCACCAAAAGGCCCUGAUUUUGCAGUCAUCACAUAAAAUUCAAGGUAGUGGAUCCGACAGGCAGCAAAGUCGGACACUUGAUUAUUUAAGCAAAUACGCUUUCAAAGCCGAAAAACGUUGAAAGUGACAAAGUUACUAUUGAAAUAGGUUUUACGUUUUGAAACAAGGUCAAACAGGUAAGCUUUUGGUAUUGGCGUCAUUUGAUAGGGCAACGAAAGUAUUCAGAGGCCUGUAAUUGUAGCUACGAAAAUGUCUUUAAAUUAAUGUUGAAGGCAAUACCUGUUUUCCGUAAAGCCACGGGACUUACAAAUGAGUACUUUGAUAUUUUCUCUCAGUUGGCGGUUAGGAAAGACGAGCAUUUUGCAUUACUGGUAGACGUGUUAUGCUGUCAUUUUUGAAUUUCCAGCUCGUCUGGCUCUUUUCUGCAAUAUUGUUGUUGAGGUUAGGGAUGCCAAUUCCUCAGUGCCUAUGUAUUUUUUCCGUUGUAAGUACUUUAAAAGUUGUUAGUCCGAAAAUUGCAGAUUUAUUUCAUGUUUUUUCCUUUAACUAUCAGAUAGGCGUCUUUCAGUCCUAGUAAAGUAUUUCCAAAUGACCGAAACUACUAAGAUUAAAAGCUAUUAUCUCUAUGCGUGUCUGGCGCUUUGGUUUUUAAGGGAUUAGGCGGCAACACCAGAUCUAUCUGGGCUCCAGGCAUAGCACAGGGCUCCCAUCUUCUACCCUGUUAACGAACGAUGUUGAUGCACGCCAACUCCACAGGGUCUAGCAACUUUUCUGCAUGUGACUUUGUAUAAGAAGAACCUUUUCUUCCUAGAAUCAAUACGAAGUCUCAUGAAGUCAUUAAAUACUGCAUAUUUCAUUAUCUUUGCCUUGCUCAAAUGCAACUUAUUAGACUGCUCUGUCCCAUAUUAACAUGUUCCUAAGAUAUUUUAAAGGAAAUGACGGCAACUAUGCAUCUGACAUUACAGUAAUUCGUUGUCGACCUGCCCAUUCGUUUAUAUGGGCAUCUUUGUAUUCGUAUAUAACUCGUUUUACUAAGAUUACAAGGCUUUUUAUGGACCAUUUGGUGGGACACGAGAAUAGGAAGUCCCCCCCCCCAUAAUAAAAGUGACCUUGUGCUAAAUCCCAAGGUUGAGUCUGGGGUAAUGGUUAAGCUUAGGGGCAAGUUUAGGGUUAGUGUUAGGGUUCGGAGGUUGGAAUAGAUACUCCCUGGGAUAUAGCGUAAGACAACUCGUGCUCUGGGGAGGGUGCCUGUUCUCGUGUCUUAGCAACAAUUUUUUCCAAACCAAGAACUUCAUAUAAGCCGUCGCUGACCAUGUAUUUACAACUUUUGGGACAAACUUGUUUGUGCUGCCUUCUCCUGAGCAGGAAACAGCUUUACUAUUGUAGGCUAUGAGGUAGAAGUUUAAACACAUGAAUCGGCGACGCCUGUAUACAUUACGCAUAGUGACAUUGUCUUAUUUCUAGGCCUGGGAGCUCCCCUUCUUCACUUCGUCCUGCUUUAUGCUACGUAUUCGCUACUAUUUCGGCGAGAUCAUCAUUCUGAGUUUCUUUUAAAUUUGUUUCAGUUGAGCACAGGAAUGUAAUCCUUCAUAUUGCGGAUUGCCUUGUCUAAAUUUUGUCGGGGAGGUGGGGUUAAGGGUAGGGCAUCAGUUAUCUCAAAACGAAGAUUGGCAUGUACGUCCUAGUUCCGCAUCUUUCGAAAGUCAGCCUCCUGAGGUAACUGAACUGUUAUAUAAUUAUACUGCAGGCUUAUUAGUUCUAUAACCCUACUUGAUUAAUCUUUUCGAAACGAAAACGCAUUUCGGAAUUUCGGUUGGCAUUUCAUGAGUUAGCCUACCUACUGUAUGUGUUUUGAUUGACUUUUCCUAGGGCGACCAUUUAGAUAAAAUCCAGAUAACUUGCAAAUCUGUGGAAACAAUCUUUUAAAUCUGGUCGACCAAGUGAAAGCUUUUAUUGAGCCAGUUUUCAGCUUGUGAAGAAAUGACGGCUUAUUUUAAAACAGUUUCUAUCAAUCAGUGUCCACUUUAUUAAGACAGACCGAUCUGAAAAUAGUCUCUUGGAAGUGCCAUAGCAUACUAAUUUUUGAAAACGGAAGCGACGCGAUAAAACAGAGUUCCACUUCAAACAGGUUCUAGGAGAGAGUCGUCGUCGGAAGCAGUCUGCGUUUGACUUACAAAAUUUGAUUUUGCAAGGGAAUACGGACCACCGUAUCGGAAAUGCCCAGCUCCUAACUUUCAGGGGGGGGAUUAAGAUUGAAUGCGAGACAUUGGAAAGGCAUCCCCUGGAAUUUCACGUCAGGUCGCCUGUAGUACGUGGUGUUCAUAUCUCUGUUGUGGCCCCUGACCCUCCUUGGAAAAUCGUCCAAGUCAUCUUUUUUUCAUUGUGUUUAGACUAAAAUGUUUGUGUCACUUCACAGGCGGCCAAUAAUUUGGAAAGCUACACUGGCCAUAAGGCGUGCCAACUGUUGAAUUUCGCACAGAAGUCUGUUUGCCUAAGAAUUCGCAAUACCUGUACAUUAAUUGCGUGCGCGAGUGAUCGCAGUGGGAGGCUCCAGCUGGCUUUGCUUCAAAACAGGCCGAUUUUUGGAAAGACCUUUCAAAAUUUCCUUCUAGCUAGAAGUGCCGAAAAGAUCAAGAUCACGAAAAAACUGGCCGGACAUAGAAAGUUGUAAAUAGCAUACCUCCUAGCAGAAAUAUUUGGAACAUACUUGGCAGUUAGAUGACACAUUUUGAAAACAAUUGUACAAUGAUAUGAAGGUUUCCAGUGGCUGUUGUUUGGCGGUAGAUUAUAUCUGAAGACGUUGCCGAAGUUAAUGAUUGAUCAGUCUGGGUUCGAACAAAUGUUGCUACAUUUAAAAGAUACCUCGUCGUCUCCACUCUUUUUUGAUCCACUUCGACCAAUUUAAUUAUAAAUAUUUCCAAAAAUACCUUGCUGAAUGACCUGGAAACCUUCUGCCGGGUUCUAAAGAAGGCAGCCUAAAUUAACCCUAUUCGUGUAUAAAGUUAAUAUAGUUUCUCCGAGUAGUUUGUCAAUGGCUUUGUUCAUUGCAAGAAAGCAACCGGGUAUGACUUCUGUCUGAAAGUUCGGAUUUUCGAAACCCGGCCAUUUAUUUGAAGAAUAGCGCGAGCAUGCGCAAAUCUUCCCUUUGUGCCAGUUAACAAAUGAAAUGUUUAUUUUGUUGACAAAAUAUCACUCACCUUGCCUACAGCCGAACUUUGGUCUACUCUUUGACAUUGACGGUGUGUUGAUGCGCGGUUCAACUCCGAUUCCCGAAGCAAAGGUUGCAAUGGACUUGCUCAAAGGCAAGGAUGGAAAGUUACGCGUGCCGAUUGCCUUUGUUACAAACUCCAUGUCCCCACCGGAGGCAAAGACUAAACACCUGGAGACCAGCUUCAACAUACAGGUAAGUUGGCCUGAGCUGCUGGAGUAUCCCUGGUCAGAAAUUAUAUAAUUUCUGUGCAACCCAAGCAACGAAAGUGCCCUCAGGUACGUCAGCAAAUGGGUUUAAGCCACCAGCAGGGCGUACGUUUAGUCAUUAGUUAUGACUAUUGUCCGCAUUGCCUCACACAUUCAGCCAUCGCAUGGGCCUAUUCGGUCGCGUGUGUGUAUGUGUGUGUGCGUUUGGGAGGUCAGGUUGUGCAUGUGCGCGCGCAGACGGGUUCUCUGGUUCUGUCAACUUCUGUGCCUACUCCCUCCAUCAGACAACUGACCAGCACGGAUAAUGGACUGGUGCCUGGAGAGAGCGAGAUUGACAAGCUCAGUGUAAACAAUCUGACACGCUUCAGUCUAUCGAAGUGCGCUAAAAGCCGUGACUUGGAAGAUUGCCAACUGGUGGGAUAACUCGGAGCUCGCAGUCAGCCCACUGUGUGUAUAUCUGUGGAGUAGCGGACUCUUCGAGUGGAAGCUAGACUGCAAUGACUCCUUCUUAAUGUGAUCUUUAUGGCAUUCCCACCCGAUGGGAUCGGAGCCGCCCACCCCGCCUAUUUUGUAUAAACUCCUGGUCAGUGUACGUUGUGGACCAGGGAGUGUGGUGGUACGCCCAGGUGCGAGUCCUCGCCGCCUUGGCCACCUGCACCCUCCCCAACCUCCGGUCUUCUUGGCACCGUGAGAGAGUGCAGCAGAUGUGCGCAAGUCUACUAUCACUUUAGACUAAAUCACACGCAAGUCACCCUCCCUGCCUCCACCAUGCCUUCGAACACACGGUGGACAUCGUCCGUCACGACGGUCGAAAUACCAGUCAGGACAACUGGUUGACCCGUGUGACCGGGGUCACUUCAGCAUUCCGCGUCACAGUCCACUCAAGUCACGGACCAUGCAGUGGCAUAAUCUUCAGGCGUGACUAUGUGCUGAUCUGACAGACCGGUUAUCAGUGGAAGGGUCAUGAACCACAGCGUCUUUCGAAAUGGCGAAUGUUAUCUGUCAUCAGACAAAUCUUCAAUCGCCGACAGCUGCAAUUCUGGCAAAUUAAACUAGUGUGCUGGACAGUUGGACAGAGAUUCCCAAGUGAAAAUACAGGAAAUGUGAACAAACGCGUCUUAACGAAACGCCUUUACGAAACCGUUGUUUGGAUUUUUGAUGAUCAGAGAACCGUGGCCUGAAAUCUGACUGGACAAGUGGCGCAAAUGGGAAGAAAUUGUCGGAAAAUGACAAUACUUUUGUGCGAAACCGUCCUCACGGUCCCCGAGGAGGUCUGGGUGUCAUAUUCAGUUCAGGUUCUUUUCUGACACAAUUCAUUCUUCCGAGGAACCUUGUUUUCUCUAGUUCUUGAACAUACUAAAGUGGCGGCUAGCCGUUUCAUCAACUUUCUUGAACGCGCAUAUAGCACGAGGACCACGCUCCAGCCCACAUAUGUAGGCCUGGAUUUGCUUAUCUGACCCAAUGAUUGAAAAUCAAGUAAAAUGUUAUUUACCGAGCCGUUUGGGUUUUUAAAAUCCGUCCAAGAUUCCAUCGGGGAGGGGGCGGACCCAGGAUCUUUGGUUGCUGGUUAGAGCUUGCCCGCAGAAGUCACUUUUGAGAGCUCAUUUGAUUAUCCUUCAGCAACUAAGUGGCAUUUAGGUCUUCAAAACCAAAGAGACGUUGAACUGGAAGUGAACCUUUACGAGGAGUACCCAUCAAGCACAAAAUGCUGUAGAACACCGACUUGAACCCCGUAUAGUCCAAGGCUAGAGCGGAGCAAAGAAAAGUCAACUUGGAUGGCAAAAUGUUCUCAAGCAGGCCCAAAAGUGCAGAUCACAGGCAUUGUGGAUAGUACGAGUGGUCGUGUGCAUUGGCGAUUCAGGAAAACGUUUACGCAUUUGUACAUUUCCAUCCACAUGUGAUUUAUCACACUUUAUAUUCUGUAUCUUCCCCCGAAUUUUCCAUCGUCAGCAAUAGCUGCGUGGUAACCACGCAAAGUGCGCAAUAGAUAUUUUAUCUUCAAGCCGUUUUUUGUAAUCAUUUGCGAGGCUGGCUACUCGCAAGAUUAAUCUUGUCACUAUUAGAGUGACUCCUUUCCAAGACGCACGUGGCGGCAAUCAGAUUAAUAAAGACUGGCCACGCGGUAGAUGCGCUGGACCAUCACGGGCAAGGGUAUGCUAUGUAACCUCCUGAGAACACCGUGGUUGACUAUGGUCCUAACACCAACCAUGACCAUGGCUGUACUCGGCAACCCUACCCCGUAACCAGUAAGCAUUUAAUGAGAACUCGAGCGUAACCGCAACCUUAACCCUAGUCCAGAUACCUAACCCUAAUUCUAAACUCCAACCCUAGCCUCAACCGCUAAUGCGGACUAUAACAUAAGUCUGACAACUUUGGCCCUGGGAAUGACCCAACUGCUAGUACUAACCCUAACUCUAACCGUAUCCCUAACCCUAACCUUAAGUCCGAUCGGGGCAAUUUCGACGUCUAUAAUGCUAGUGAAGAUCAAAAUCCCUGUACCACACGACCCCUUCGCCGGCCCAUUGUCGGACAAACCGUUAUGAACCAUAGAAUGGCAUGACUGGCAAAGACGAAGGAGACUGAAGUGCAAAUUUCUGGUUUAUUAGGCGUCGUUAUCCAACUAUACUUAACCUCGAGGUGUGCAAACCCUGGGGCUUGAUCUCGCGACGUGUUGUAUCCAGCUGGUCAACGCUUAAAAUUCUUCACGCCUUCUUCGCAAGUGCUUCCACAUUUAGCCCCUGUUGACAUUCCCCCUUCCUCCUUUUUGUAACACUCUUUUUAGCUUCGUCGGUGUUCUUUUAAUUAACUAGUUUUUGUAUUCUGACCUUGAGCUGGGAAUUCGAUUUGCUCGAACAGUAACAAAGGAAUUCUUUUUCUUGGGUAUCCAUUGUUGAGGUCUGUCCGUUUUUUAUUAUUACCUUAUUCUAUCAAUAAUAACGUAUAAACACCGAAAUCUGUUUGGCUUAUAAGCGUGACGCAAUUUACCAAGAAUCCUACACGACCUGUUGGUUAAAAGUCCAGUUUCCUGGUCACUGAGCCAGGGCUCGUUGUUUUAUCGGUUACGAUGGGGUAUAUUAAUAAUGAUAGAGGGGCGCUCACCGAUCGUGUAACAAAACUCACUCGCUCCGUUGUUCCUUGGGAACACAUCACACCUACCUAGAUAUGAUAAGGCGCGUGACUGAAGAAUCACCCAGGGGGAGGGUUACAUACCCUAUCCUUACCGCCUGGAACUACCAUGCCAUAAUUCACGAUGCAGCUAAACGAUGUUUCUAUUCCAGUCAAAGUCGCCAAGCAGGACUUUAUCCUCCUAUCAGAGCUCUAAGUUUUGUUUCAACCCGUCUUCCCUCCAAUACUGAGAGCUGGAAAUAUUUGCAUUACAGUGGGUCGGUUUGUUUCACUUAGAUUGCGAUACGAUGAGGAAACUAGUAUUUGGACUCAAAAUUUGUUAGUGAUUAGAAGGGUUAAUCAGUGUUAAGGAUAUAAAAGAGUAAGCUGAAAGAUAGGUUGUCAUCUUACUAAAUUUGUUUGUAUUCAACUUAAUCGUCUUUCAGUGGUUUGUCCGAUUAUGCUUUGACUUCUCAGAAAAAUUUUUUUCCUGAGUCUUUUACUUUUCUCUUGUAAACACAGUUAGAACCGGAGCAAAUCAUAUUCGCUCCCAGCCCCCUCAAAUCGUUUGCUCAGUGGCACAACCACAAAGUCCUCGUCCUGGGUCAAGGUAAUGUUACGGAAUGGGCGAGUGAUUUGGGUUUCACGGAUGUCUACACAAUGGACCAGGUGGCCAAGGCCUACCCGCUUCUUGACAUGGUUGAUCAUGAAAACAGGAAGGCUGUUGUAAGCGGUCGACAUUUAGCCAUUAACUGUUUUCUCUUGACAACUUUAUCGGUUGAAAAAGGCUGCUCUCAUGUUGCAUUCUUUUCACGGAGUAACUUCAACAUCGAUCAAGCGUUCCCUUGGGGCAGUAGCUGAUAGGAUACAUUUUAAUUAGAAUGCCUUAAUUUGGGAAAGUUGGAGCUCAAAUACGGAAAUUGUCAAAAUUUUCUGAAUUUCGGGCUGUGCAUUCCUCGACUGGCAUAUAUUUUUAAGGAAAAUUCGGGAUGUACGCUUUUGAUAGAACAAUAUAUUAUGUAUCGUUGGACUUUUUGAAUGGUUUAAUUGUCGGUUACAAGUUAAGCGGUCUACGCUCACACCAGCUCGUAGCUAAAGCGAGGGAUCAGUCAACUCAAAAGUGCACUAUUACCAACUAAGUCAAAUUCGGUUCCAUGGCAUCCGACAUGGGCGUCCGGUAUCACUGGCUGAUUACUCAGGAUAUCGCACAAAUAAAAAUUCUUGCGCCCAGCUUCUUUUUUGACGAUACAGCGACCGUGAAGUUAAUUAGGUGUAGUAUUAAUUUGCGAGUCCUUGGAAACUAAGGCCCAUUGAUUUCACUGAAAUUCAGACCUAAGGUCGCUGCAUUUCGGAACCACUAGGUGAAUUUUAUCUCAGGAAAAGAGCAGAAAGAAUACAUUCACAACUAUUGCAUCAAUUAUGUAGCUGGGAGGACGCGAAAAUGAAUACUCCUCGUAUUACAGGUGGCUUUGGGCCAUAUUCAAAGGGGUUCUGGUGCUAGUGUUAGGCUGCGGAUUAGGAGGGUUAGGACUAGUUAGGAAAUGGAAAUAUGUAGCCAUGGAAUUCAUCACAAGGUCACCUGCAACAGGAUGGUUUCUUAUUCCAAUGUCCAGAUGUGUAUUCUUAUUUCAGAGUACAUGCUUGUGUGAGCUCAGACUUGAGAGACGUCGUUUGUAUUUUCUUGCGUAAUCUAUUUAGAACAAAAACAAUAACAGCUCAGUUACUUGCCUUCCUGUUGGUCCCGAGAAAUAGGCACCAUUAUAACAUACGAUAUGACAAUCAGAAUCUACUCGAAGUCUGGUUCAAUGUUUCUGUCUCUGUCACCUACUGAAGAUAUACAGUGAGUGACCGAUCUCAUGAAAUGUUGGCCGAAAUUCUGAAAUGCGUUUUCGAUUAGGAAGGAUUACUUGGUCGCGUAUGUAAUACUGCUUAUCUUGUGGCAUACUCAUAACAUUUCGGACUUGGCAGGAUGUUGGCUUUUAAAUGCACUUCUUUCCAAUCUCCUGUAGAAAGUGUGCUCGGUAAAAAAUGACUACUUAAGUAGCAUGCAUUUUUCUCAUUGAUUUUCGAUGGUCUUGCAAAUUCAAAUAUAUUUUAUAGAAACCAUAAACAAAAAUAUGCUUUCUUUAAGUCAAUCAAUAGAGAAUCACGUCUUCUUUAUAUUUUAUGCUUAGGGAAGGAGUAUCAUUAGGUUUUAAAAACGCUUUUAAUUAUGGGACUUUUUAAGACCGCGAAAUGUCCAUUCACAUAGCCUCGUACCUGGCCGUUUACCACUGCUCCUCAUGAAAUGUACAACAUGGUCCGCAUCCGUUGCAAAAUGUUAUGGACUCUGUAUGAUACCUCUUUAAUGGUGCAGAAAAAUAUGUGAUUUUCUUUACGCGGAACGCAUGCACCUUGUAGACUGGAAUCACUAAGCGCUAAUGCAACGAAUGAUCAGACUCCAAAUUAUUUGGCAAUUAGAAAACGUUUUUGAAACCUAUUUAUACUCCUUCCUUCAAUAUAAAAUAUAAAGAAAACGUGAUUCUCUAUUGAUUGACUAAAAGAAAGCAUAUUUGUGUUUAUGGUUUCUAUAAACUAUGUUUGAUUUUGCAAGACCAUUGAAAAUCAUUGGGAAAAAUCCAUGCCACCUAAGUACUCAUUUUUUGCCGAGUACGCUUUCUACAGGAGAUUGGAAAGAAGUGCACUUAAAAGCCGACAUUCUGCCAAGUCCGAAAUGUCAUAAGAGUAUGCCGCAAGAUAAUCAGUAUUACAACCGCAACCAAGUAAUCCUUCCUAAUCGAAAACGCACUUCAGAAAUUCAGCCAACAUUUCAUGAGAUCAGUCACUCACUGUAUGUUUGCCGUUAUAGGGGUAUGCAGCCUUCACCAGCACUCGAUAAAUUUUCCGGUUUUUUAAAACUUCUGCUCUUUUACUUCAAGUGGUUGUAUUUUCAGGUUCAGCCUGUAGGAGUUAUUCGCUUUUUCUGAAAAUAUUUAGAUCCUGGGUACCUGAUUUUCCAUAUAAGGCGCGGAAGUUGAGAGAAAGUACUACCUCAACAUGCAACUUUCUAGAGUAAAAGACGAGUUUCGCUGUGUGUGAUUGCAAAUCUAUUGAGCAAAGCACGUACCUAGCUUUGGAUUAAAUAACGUAAAACCGUGUUGCUUAACCACUUUUUGUCCGGACAACCUGACCAUUUUUAUAAGUGGGUGUAGUUACUGAAGAUUAGAGGAGAUAUUUAUUUUUUAACUCCGAAAACUCAUUCCACAGACACUAUUGCCGCUUCACAUGCCACUGGUUAGCAUCUGUGAUCUGAUUUGGCUAAAAUUGAAAGCUGUCUAGCCCAACUGUGUUGACUGUUAGCCAGAGCCGCAAUAAAAAAACGGAACGUCCACCUCCCUUUAUACAACCAGGCUGGAUUGGUGAACUACAAUCCGACGUGACUGAAUAUUCCCGGUCUCAGCGGGCAGGAGUUAUUGCAAUUACUACCAUAGCGCAGCUGCAAACAUGCCCAAUCUCACGCAAGCGUACUCGCAAUAUUUUUCGAUUUCUCGCCUAUUUUCGUAGUAUCUAGACACUGGCUCGUGAAUACAUUUAGCAUGCAAGAUCAAAAAAUUACCUGUCUCUGGUCAGGAUAGUACUAUAGAGCCGACAAUGCAGCAAAAACAAAGCGGCGCUCUCGCUACGACUUCCUCAUACAGACUCCUCGUUAUGUGCGCAAUGUGAGAUAUCCCGGUAAGGUUUAUUCAAAAGGGUUCUUUAAACAUGUUAUGAAUGUUGUCGUCAUAGUAGUAAUCGGUAUCUCUUUAGCCACAGACUGUAAAUGCUAGUGCUAGGCCCCAUUAACCUAGAAAAUAAUGUUAAGCGUCUUGCCGACUCUCUCGUACUAAUCAAAUGAACAUUUUAGGCAAAUGGCUACACGGAGGACAAGGACUUCCCGCGAAUCGAAGGUGGGUCUUCCAGUCUUUCACACUUUUCCGAUUUACGGCCCCUUCAACUUACUGCCCUCCACACUGAGUACGGAAUAAUCUAUUGUUUGGUUAACUUACAGCAAUCCUACUUCUGGGCGAGCCAACGCACUGGGAGAUGCAUCUUCAGCUGCUUAUUGACCUUCUUGUCACCGACGGUAAGCCAGAUCGGAAGCCGACGACGUACCCUGACAGUCAUCUUCCCAUAAUUGCGUGUAACAUGGAUCUCCUCUUCAUGGCUCAAGCCUCAAUGCCCAGGCAAGUGACUUAG